CGCGGCCCCCCGAGCAUGCGCAUCGCGGAGGCGGAACGCAGGGAAAGGCGUCGGUCGGCCCGGCGCUGGGAGUGUACGUCAGCCGGUUCCGUCGCUCCGGUUGGCCGUGGGGCGGGCGGUGUGGUUGGCAGCCGGGGCGGGUUCGGCGGGCGGUUGAAGGAGACUCGAGGACGGGACCCCCUCCAGAGUCUCCGCCCCUCUCCUCUCCAUGCGCAAGAUGCUGCUGGCCGCGCUCUCCCGCGUGCUGCAGGGCCCGGUCGCCGCCGCCGGCAGGACGGUGAGAGAGGCCGGCAGCUGCCGGGGUUGGGAGAGGGUUGGGGACGGCGGGCGCGGCGGGAGGGGGGUGCGCGCCGCCUCAGGGGAAGGGCGGGGGCGGCCGUUAGCAACGCAGCCGUUGGGCGGCGCGGGUCUGUGGCGGAGCCGCUGGGGCGGGCAGGGUUUCGGGAGGCCUGCGCGGUGCUGCGCUGCUUCGGCUGCAGCCCAGGUGUAAGGGUUAACGGCUUCGUCUCGACAUCACGGAGCCGGAAGGGAGCUGUUAGUGAGGCCUCUCGAGUGAUGGUAGCAUCACGAAACUAUGCCGACUUUGCAAAUGAAGCUACGUUCGAGAUUAAGCCGUGUGACCUCCAUCGCCUGGAAGAAGGCCCUGCUACCACUGCGGUGCUGACACGAGAGGAGGGGCUCCAUUACUACAAGACAAUGCAGACCAUACGGCGCAUGGAGCUGAAGUCGGACCAGCUGUACAAGCAGAAAAUUAUUCGUGGCUUCUGUCACUUAUAUGAUGGUCAGGAGGCUUGCUGCGUAGGGCUUGAAGUUGCCAUAAAGCCUACAGACCAUGUGAUAACAGCAUACAGAGCUCACGGCUUUACCUAUGCCCGAGGCGUCCCCGUUCGAGAGAUUCUCGCUGAGCUUACAGGUCGAAAAGGAGGAUGUGCGAAGGGUAAAGGAGGAUCAAUGCAUAUGUAUACCAAAAACUUUUACGGUGGUAAUGGUAUUGUCGGUGCUCAGGUUCCUCUUGGAGCUGGGAUUGCGCUGGCCUGCAAAUACUUUGGUAAAAAUGAGGUCUGCCUGACUUUAUAUGGAGAUGGUGCAGCCAACCAGGGCCAGAUAUUUGAAACAUACAAUAUGGCUGCCUUGUGGAAGUUGCCUUGUAUUUUCAUCUGUGAGAACAACCGGUAUGGAAUGGGAACCUCAGUUGAGAGAGCUGCAGCCAGUACUGACUACUACAAAAGAGGAGACUUCAUCCCAGGGCUUAGAGUGGAUGGCAUGGAUGUUCUCUGUGUUCGAGAAGCAGCCAAGUUUGCAGCUGAGUACUGCAGAGCUGGAAAGGGUCCUAUUGUGAUGGAGCUGCAGACAUACCGUUAUCAUGGGCACAGUAUGAGUGAUCCUGGCAUAAGCUAUCGUACUAGAGAAGAAAUUCAAGAAGUGAGAAGCAAAAGUGAUCCCAUUACUUUACUGAAGGACAGAAUGAUCAACAAUAACCUUGCUAGCGUUGAAGAAUUAAAGGAAAUCGAUGUGGCAGUGAGAAAAGAGAUAGAGGAAGCUGCUCAGUUUGCUACCACUGACCCAGAGCCCCCACUGGAAGAGCUAGGUAACCACAUUUACUUCAAUGAGCCGCCCUUUGAAGUGCGCGGCCCAAACCAGUGGAUAAAGUAUAAGUCUCUCAGCCAUUCGUAAGAAUAAGUGAGUGCAUUUACAAGAACUGUAAUGACUCAGAAACAAACCUUAAUCUUUAUUUAACACCUCCUCUUUCAAAAGAAGAGGUGUUGAGUAAGGCAGUCCCAUCACAGUACAGAUUGUCUUAAACAUGCCUGAAUGUUGUUUCAGAAGGAGCUGAAUUAUGAGAAAGCAGCAGUUUAUUUAAAUUGUUAUAUAUUUGCUUCACAGAUUUUCUUUGGAUUGCUGUAUUUGUCAUGUACAGUGUAAAAAAUACAAAUAAAAAAAAUAAACUUUAACAACAUUUAA